AUUGGAGCUUGAAAACAAAGAUCUAAUUAUGUUUACAAUAUUUUAUUAUGUUAAAAUGUAUGGUUAUUUCAGGGCUUUCUUUUGGUUAGUCAAUUGCAUCAUUUUUAAAAUAAUGAAUCAGGUUCAAAUUCAAAUAAAUAUCAAAUACCAUUUUAGAAUGUAUGUUUACUAUCCCACAUUAUCGUUAUGACUCAAAUCUGAGCUCCCGAGAUGGUGACAGAACACCUUUGGCUCAAAUCCCAUUUGUGCCUGCUUCAAAAAUCGAACACGCAAUCGAUCAACGUGUAUUUAUAUAGCCCAGUAUCACACGUUUUACAUUUGUGUCAGUGGAAUUGAAAGUUUGCAGAGAAUAUGAAUACCACACCCUCUGUCCUUACACCCUCACACCAGACAAGGAAAAACUUCCUAACAAACCCCAGAGUUAACGGGGGGAAAAAAUGAAAGAAACCUUGGGGAGAGCAGCAGAGCAGGUGUCCCUCUCCUAAGAUGGACAGACAAUAGAUAUCGUGCUAGAUAAUACAUAUGCACCAUACUGUAGGUAGUCCAAAUGCUGGAAAAUGCAUGUGUCUAUAAAUGAGAAGAUGAUCCAGGUGAAUGUCAACAAUCCUGUGGGAGCCAUCAAAGCCCUGACUCAGGAUCCCGGCAUAGACAGACACCAAAAAGAAAUUUUAGGGAAGCAAAGUUAUUUUGAACAUGAGAGUACAGAGAGAGAGAAGAAAGAAGUAAGGCGUACCCCAAAAGUCUCAGCUUAUAGCAGCAAAACUAGGGGCUGAAUCUAAUCAUCCCUAACUAUAAGCUUUAUCAAAAAUUAAGGUCUUAAGCACACUCUUAGGGUGUCUGCCCACCGAACAUGGACUGGAAACUGAUUCCACAAAAGAGGAGCUUGAUAGCAAAAGGCUCUCGCUCCCAUUGUACUUUUAGAGACUCUAGUAACAACCAAAAACCCUGCUUUCUUGGAAUGCAAUGCCCUAGUGGGACAGUAGGGUAUAAUGAGCUCUUUAAGAUAGGCGCCUGCCCAUUAAGGGCUUUGUAGGCGAGAAGACGAAUUUAAAAUGUGAUCCUGUGUUUUAUAGGGCGCCAGUGUGGUCUCUUUCUGUGUUCUUAUCAAUACGCACAAACAUCACAUUGAUAUCAGGUUUAGAUUUUGCGACCAUUUGUCAAACAGUCAAUAAGGUACUAGCCCUGGUGGCAUGAACUCUAGUCACAAAUCUAUAUUGUAUGCUAUCCAAACCAAUUUAUUUCAAGCAAAUCUCAGUCUGCUUCCGGACUUCUUAAAAAAAUAAAAUACAAAUCUAAAUAGAAAGAGAUGCUUGUGUUGUCGGUUGAGGAGAACUGUGCUCUGCAUAAUUAAAGACGUUUGACUCAUGAGGAUAAAAGAAAUUAAAGAUUUAGUUUGUGAAUGCUGAAGGCCAACGUUGUUUCCAUGCACGGCUCUGAUUGGUCCGUUUAGGUAGAAAUCAUCUGAGUUCCGAUACGUCAUGUUGGGGAACUUGUUACAAAAGGUUCUAUAAUACACAGCCUUCUAACAGCUCUGCCUUUAAAGAAGAAGCAUCCUUACUCUUUUCAGAAAAUAUCCCCGAAGCCGAGCUCUCUUUGUUGGUGCCGUCAUUAAUGACAUGGAGAAAAAGAUCGUUCUUCUAGUCCCCUUUGUCUUUUUCUUUCUCUCCACUCCUCCAUGUGGAUCGACUUCAGGCGUGAGCAAUUUUAAAGUUAUCCCUAUAGCCAUCCAGCUUGACUGGUAUGGUGCUCGGACAUACUGCAGAGAGCACUAUAGCGACUUGGCCAACAUCAACAACCAAGCCCAGGCUGACAUGAUUGCUCCGUACAAAGGCUGGAUUGGUAUGAAAUGGAAAUCAGGUCAGUGGACGUUGUCCAGAGGAGAGAAAAAAGUGGUCUUCAACAGGUUUGGAUCUGGUGGGUUUAGAAGAAAGAUAAGUAUACUUACUGAGUUUGUUCUGUUUCCAUUCAGUGUAAACUUGCUUUUUAUUUUAUUUUAAUGGCAACCGAAUGGCAAGUACAAAAAUCAAAGACUUCUCUAUUUCCGUAUAGGGGAAAAAAUGUUCAUGAAAAUUGGCCCAAUUAUUUCAAUCAGGUUUACCUGAAUGCAAUCAUUUCCAUGUAACAAGACAGACUGUAAUUUCAGUCUCUAUCUUCUUGCUUUUGUAGGCGCAGAAGCCUCUGAUGGGUACUGCGCUGAGAGCCAUAGUGCAACAGAAUGGCAUAGUCAUGAAUGCUCUGAAGCCCGCAUCUUCCUGUGUGAAGAAAGACUGAAUCUGGUGCAGGAGGAGAAGACAUGGGAAGAGGCCUUGCAGCACUGUAGAGAGCUGCAGGAUUUUGCUUCACCUACAUACCCGUACGACCUCGCCAGUCUGGCAAACAAAAACAAAACUGUGUUGGACAGAGUUGCAUUACGACCGUAUGAGGUGUGGGUCGGACUGCGAUUCAUGGCUGGUGAGUGGCUGUGGAUGAACGGUGCGAGGGCAACGCCGCGCAGACUUCGUGAGUGUCCUGAUCAGCAGCAGCACUGUGGUGCCGUGGCUCAUGAUGCCGUACGCUUGAAGGCAUUUAACUGCAGUGAGAGAAGAUUCUUCCUCUGCGAUAUCAAAUGGUGAACGCUGGGAGAGAAAACAUUUACUUAUGAUUAUCUACACUCAUUUAAAAAAUAGAGCCAAUUUAGUAGAGAGUCAAGCCCAUAACAGGAAUAUGAUUAGUUGUGUUGUUAAUGUUUGGGCCAAGAAUACAAAUAUUAUGCGAUUAGCCUCUUAGCUGUUAGUUCUGUUUAACCUUUGCGUUUUAAGAAUGGGAGAAAUAUUGUAAAUGGAUUAAAAUAGUUUGAGAUGAUUUUCUGAUUGUAGUGGAAGGAGAUGUAAAAAUUCAAACAGGUCAAACUUGUCAUUUCUAAAGCAAGAUUGGAUAGCCACCUUGGAGUCCUUAUUGUUACGCGCUCCCCCUUCUGGUUCUCUUUCUCCUCAUUUCAAAGGCACACCUGAUCUGGGGGCGUUCUAGAUCCUACAGUCCAUGGUGUGCCUGGCCCAGGACUGAUAUACCUCAUAAAAACUUCAUAGGUAAACAAAUAUAAACAAACCCUCAAAACUUCAAAUUGUUACAUUAAGUUCUUGUCUUCCAUUUCUUAAAAUAAAAAGAUCUGUCAAUAAAUUUGAGACGAAUAUCAGGUUUGAAUACUGAUGUCUUUUGGUGUCACAUGUUGUCAUUGAGAAAAGUUCUGAAAUUAGGGUCAUAGACGGGUUGAAUACAUACAACUUGUCAGCCUGAGUAAUAGGUAUUUUCCAUUCUUUCUCCAAUACCCUUUUUUAGUUAGCUUGUGCACACUCUCUUAAAAACACUUCAAAUAUAGUUUGAUAGCAUUUUAAUGUAAAUAUAUAUUUACUUGUCCUGCCUCACUAGCUAAAUGUAAAGUGCUUUGAGAGGUCAUAAAUGCUGGACAAAGCUAUAUACAAAUAGAGUCCAUUUACCAUUUCCAUUUAGCCUUUGGCUGUACUAGGGCUCUUCCAGAUUACCCUUUCUAUACUUAUAUUAGUUCAUCCAAAGCAUUUAUAUAUGGGAAUUUAAGCAGAUAUUUGGGGCUGUUAGAAGCUACUGGCUGUGUGACAGCAACCGGUCGCCUUGGGAAAAACACAUGUCAAUAAUGUUUUUUCAUAAUUACUCUCCCUGCCAGAAUAGUAAAGAGUUCCGCACUGUAAUGUACAGAAAUGUUGAUGACAAUUGAAAAAAAAAUAAAAAAACAGACUGACUUAAUAAGUUAUAAUCAAAUAAGAAUGCUCAUUAUUUAUAUGUAUAUGUCGGUACAAAGUACUUAACUAACAUGUUUAUUUAUUUAUUGAAAAUUGGCAUUGAAAUUUUACUAAAAGCAGAAAAUCUUCUUAGUUGGGUAAAGCAUCUGUCUGGUGAACAGAACAUCAAUGGCUCAAACCCCUAUGUCCGUUUGAAUGAUUCUCAGUUGCAUUGCUUUAUGAAAGGGAUAUAAACAUCAUUUUAAUAUCAGGUCUGGUUUAUGCAACCCUUUGCAAUAUGCAGCCAAAAUCCUAUCAUAAUAGUCAAUACCUGUCCAAUUAUGUUUAGCACAUUUUAGCAUGUCAGACUUGUUUGUACGUCUUACAAAAAGAAUAAACAAAUCUAGAGGAAGGCUUAAUGUUUAAGGCAAAUAGAAAGAGAUGCUUGUGUUGUCGGUUGAGGAGAACUGUGCUCUGCAUCAUUAAAGACGUUUGACUAAUGAGGAUAAAAGAAAUUAAAGAUUUAGUUUGUGAAUGCUGAAGGCCAAAGUUGUUUCCAUGCACGGCUCUGAUUGGUCCGUUUAGGUAGAAAUCAUCUGAGCUCGAUACAUCAUGUACGGGAACUUGUUACCAAAGGUUCUAUAUAAUACACAGCCUUCUAACAGCUCUGCCUUUAAAGAAGAAGCAUCCUUACUCUUUUCAGAAAAUAUCCCAGAAGCCGAGCUCUCUUUGUUGGUGCCGUCAUUAAUGACAACAUGGAGAAAAAGAUCGUUCUUCUAGUCCCCUUUGUCUUCUUCUUUCUCUCCACUCCUCCAUGUGGAUCGACUUCAGGCGUGAGCAAUUUUAAAGUUAUCCCUAUAGCCAUCAAGCUUGACUGGUAUGGUGCUCAGACAUACUGCAGAGAGCACUAUAGCGACUUGGCCAACAUCAACAACCAAGCCCAGGCUGACAUGAUUGCUCCGUACAAAGGCUGGAUUGGUAUGAAAUGGAAAUCAGGUCAGUGGACGUUGUCCAGAGGAGAGAAAAAAGCGGUCUUCAACAGGUUUGGAUCUGGCGCAGAAGCCUCUGAUGGGUACUGCGCUGAGAGCCAUAGUGCAACAGAAUGGCAUAGUCAUGAAUGCUCUGAAGCCCGCAUCUUCCUGUGUGAAGAAAGACUGAAUCUGGUGCAGGAGGAGAAGACAUGGGAAGAGGCCUUGCAGCACUGUAGAGAGCUGCAGGAUUUUGCUUCACCUACAUACACGUACGACCUCGCCAGUCUGGCAAACAAAAACAAAACUGUGUUGGACAGAGUUGCAUUACGACCGUAUGAGGUGUGGGUCGGACUGCGAUUCAUGGCUGGUGAGUGGCUGUGGAUGAACGGUGCGAGGGCAACGCCGCGCAGACUUCGUGAGUGUCCUGAUCAGCAGCAGCACUGUGGUGCCGUGGCUCAUGAUGCCGUACGCUUGAAGGCAUUGAACUGCAGUGAGAGAAGAUUCUUCCUCUGCGAUAUCAAAUGGUGAACGCUGGGAGAGAAAACAUUUACUUAUGAUUAUCUACACUCAUUUAAAAAAUAGAGCCAAUUUAGUAGAGAGUCAAGCCCAUAACAGGAAUAUGAUUAGUUGUGUUGUUAAUGUUUGGGCCAAGAAUACAAAUAUUAUGCGAUUAGCCUCUUAGCUGUUAGUUCUGUUUAACCUUUGCGUUUUAAGAAUGGGAGAAAUAUUGUAAAUGGAUUAAAAUAGUUUGAGAUGAUUUUCUGAUUGUAGUGGAAGGAGAUGUAAAAAUUCAAACAGGUCAAACUUGUCAUUUCUAAAGCAAGAUUGGAUAGCCACCUUGGAGUCCUUAUUGUUACGCGCUCCCCCUUCUGGUUCUCUUUCUCCUCAUUUCAAAGGCACACCUGAUCUGGGGGCGUUCUAGAUCCUACAGUCCAUGGUGUGCCUGGCCCAGGACUGAUAUACCUCAUAAAAACUUCAUAGGUAAACAAAUAUAAACAAACCCUCAAAACUUCAAAUUGUUACAUUAAGUUCUUGUCUUCCAUUUCUUAAAAUAAAAAGAUCUGUCAAUAAAUUUGAGACGAAUAUCAGGUUUGAAUACUGAUGUCUUUUGGUGUCACAUGUUGUCAUUGAGAAAAGUUCUGAAAUUAGGGUCAUAGACGGGUUGAAUACAUACAACUUGUCAGCCUGAGUAAUAGGUAUUUUCCAUUCUUUCUCCAAUACCCUUUUUUAGUUAGCUUGUGCACACUCUCUUAAAAACACUUCAAAUAUAGUUUGAUAGCAUUUUAAUGUAAAUAUAUAUUUACUUGUCCUGCCUCACUAGCUAAAUGUAAAGUGCUUUGAGAGGUCAUAAAUGCUGGACAAAGCUAUAUACAAAUAGAGUCCAUUUACCAUUUCCAUUUAGCCUUUGGCUGUACUAGGGCUCUUCCAGAUUACCCUUUCUAUACUUAUAUUAGUUCAUCCAAAGCAUUUAUAUAUGGGAAUUUAAGCAGAUAUUUGGGGCUGUUAGAAGCUACUGGCUGUGUGACAGCAACCGGUCGCCUUGGGAAAAACACAUGUCAAUAAUGUUUUUUCAUAAUUACUCUCCCUGCCAGAAUAGUAAAGAGUUCCGCACUGUAAUGUACAGAAAUGUUGAUGACAAUUGAAAAAAAAAUAAAAAAACAGACUGACUUAAUAAGUUAUAAUCAAAUAAGAAUGCUCAUUAUUUAUAUGUAUAUGUCGGUACAAAGUACUUAACUAACAUGUUUAUUUAUUUAUUGAAAAUUGGCAUUGAAAUUUUACUAAAAGCAGAAAAUCUUCUUAGUUGGGUAAAGCAUCUGUCUGGUGAACAGAACAUCAAUGGCUCAAACCCCUAUGUCCGUUUGAAUGAUUCUCAGUUGCAUUGCUUUAUGAAAGGGAUAUAAACAUCAUUUUAAUAUCAGGUCUGGUUUAUGCAACCCUUUGCAAUAUGCAGCCAAAAUCCUAUCAUAAUAGUCAAUACCUGUCCAAUUAUGUUUAGCACAUUUUAGCAUGUCAGACUUGUUUGUACGUCUUACAAAAAGAAUAAACAAAUCUAGAGGAAGGCUUAAUGUUUAAGGCAAAUAGAAAGAGAUGCUUGUGUUGUCGGUUGAGGAGAACUGUGCUCUGCAUCAUUAAAGACGUUUGACUAAUGAGGAUAAAAGAAAUUAAAGAUUUAGUUUGUGAAUGCUGAAGGCCAAAGUUGUUUCCAUGCACGGCUCUGAUUGGUCCGUUUAGGUAGAAAUCAUCUGAGCUCGAUACAUCAUGUACGGGAACUUGUUACCGAAGGUUCUAUAUAAUACACAGCCUUCUAACAGCUCUGCCUUUAAAGAAGAAGCAUCCUUACUCUUUUCAGAAAAUAUCCCAGAAGCCGAGCUCUCUUUGUUGGUGCCGUCAUUAAUGACAACAUGGAGAAAAAGAUCGUUCUUCUAGUCCCCUUUGUCUUCUUCUUUCUCUCCACUCCUCCAUGUGGAUCGACUUCAGGCGUGAGCAAUUUUAAAGUUAUCCCUAUAGCCAUCAAGCUUGACUGGUAUGGUGCUCAGACAUACUGCAGAGAGCACUAUAGCGACUUGGCCAACAUCAACAACCAAGCCCAGGCUAACAUGAUUGCUCCGUACAAAGGCUGGAUUGGUAUGAAAUGGAAAUCAGGUCAGUGGACGUUGUCCAGAGGAGAGAAAAAAGCUGUCUUCAACAGGUUUGGAUCUGGCGCAAAAGCCUCUGAUGGGUACUGCGCUGAGAGCCAUAGUGCAACAGAAUGGCAUAGUCAUGAAUGCUCUGAAGCCCGCAUCUUCCUGUGUGAAGAAAGACUGAAUCUGGUGCAGGAGGAGAAGACAUGGGAAGAGGCCUUGCAGCACUGUAGAGAGCUGCAGGAUUUUGGUUCACCUACAUACCCGUACGACCUCGCCAGUCUGGCAAACAAAAACAAAACUGUGUUGGACAGAGUUGCAUUACGACCGUAUGAGGUGUGGGUCGGACUGCGAUUCAUGGCUGGUGAGUGGCUGUGGAUGAACGGUGCGAGGGCAACGCCGCGCAGACUUCGUGAGUGUCCUGAUCAGCAGCAGCACUGUGGUGCCGUGGCUCAUGAUGCCGUACGCUGGAAGGCAUUGAACUGCAGUGAGAGAAGAUUCUUCCUCUGCGAUAUCAAAUGGUGAACGCUGGGAGAGAAAACAUUUACUUAUGAUUAUCUACACUCAUUUAAAAAAUAGAGCCAAUUUAGUAGAGAGUCAAGCCCAUAACAGGAAUAUGAUUAGUUGUGUUGUUAAUGUUUGGGCCAAGAAUACAAAUAUUAUGCGAUUAGCCUCUUAGCUGUUAGUUCUGUUUAACCUUUGCGUUUUAAGAAUGGGAGAAAUAUUGUAAAUGGAUUAAAAUAGUUUGAAAUGAUUUUCUGAUUGUAGUGGAAGGAGAUGUAAAAAUUCAAACAGGUCAAACUUGUCAUUUCUAAAGCAAGAUUGGAUAGCCACUUUGGAGUCCUUAUUGUUACGCCCUCCCCCUUUUGGUUCUCUUUCUCCUCAUUUCGAAGGCACACCUGAUCUGGGGGCGUUCUAGAUCCUACAGUCCAUGGUGUGCCUGGCCCAGGACUGAUAUACCUCAUAAAAACUUCAUAGGUAAACAAAUAUAAACAAACCCUCAAAACUUCAAAUUGUUACAUUAAGUUCUUGUCUUCCAUUUCUUAAAAUAAAAAGAUCUGUCAAUAAAUUUGAGACGAAUAUCA